UGCUGGUCACCUGGCCUCCCAUCACUGCUCGUGACCUGGCCUCCCAUCACUGCUGGUCACCUGGCCUCCCAUCCUGGUCACCUGACCCGAAACCAGUAGAUCGACCACAAUCUAUUACCAAUAAAAAGUAACAAUAGAGUGGCCUCAGUCUAUUGCAAAUCAAAAAUCUAUGCGUAGUUCAGAAUCUAUUAAAACACUGACACAAUAGCCACCACAGUCUAUUAAAAAAAAAGAUUAAAAUAGAUCUACGGAGAUAUAAAACAAAAGUAAUAGAUUGAAUUAAAUCUAUUAUAAAAGGACACAAUUAGACCUGCUACCAUCUAUUACAAAAUAUAAUGGAACCACCAAAAUCUAUUAUUAAUCUAUUAUUCUAUCGACCUUAUUCUAUCACAAAAUGGAAGAGAUAGAUCGCAGCAAGUCUAUUAAAGAACGUAAACAAUAGACUUAGUACAGACAACAGCGACUGUCACUUAUAUCAAGAAUAGCUGUUUGUGUUUUGUUUGUGUCGCGAGUAUCCAGGGACACACAAACAAACACACGACCACAGUGCUUUUGUUUCCGCUCUUUUAAUGUAAUUCUUCCGGCACCAAAAACAGCGACAUUAACAAUAGCAGCAACAGGAACAGCAGCAGCACCAGCAACAGCAACAAAAACAACAAUAACAAUUACAACAACUACAGCAAUAGAAACACAAGCAACAGCAACGACAACAGCAACGACAAUAAUAGCGAUUGACAACAACUAUAGCGAGUAACCACAAACAAAAACAAUAGCGACUUACGACAACUACAACAAAAGCGAGUGACAGCACCACCAUCCCCACUACCAACAACAACAUCAGUAACAACGAACGACAACAACAACAACAAUUGCGCAAAAAACAACAGCAACAAUAAAAAUAGCGAGUGACAUCACCAUUAACAAGAAAAAAACAACACCGAGCAGAAACAACAGCAACAACAACACUAUAACAAUAACAACAUGUAUGUGCUGCCUAUUGGAGCGGGAGGCUACUUCCCGUUCAUCAAUUUACCGUGUGAGAGAUUCAUUGGAGAGAGUCUUCAGUUCAUUCUCUACCUCAGCCUCUCUCCUCUAGCCUGUACCGUCGUCCCCUGGAUCUGCUGCCCCUUCCAGAUAGCCAACACCAGCUACACCAUCAGCGGUGACAGAGAUUGCAACGACAUCGGCGCCUUAUACGGCGCUACGGCCUUCUGGGCCAUGCAGGUUAUCUCAGUGAUCGGCCUCGUCGUCGCUGCGGCGAAUCUGGCGAACUGCGCGGCGACCAUGGUGGGCGCUGACGUGACGCAGAAUUUUUUCCAACUCACGUACCCACGGCCUGCGACCUUCGUAAUACCGAACUUCGAGGCCCCCAAUCCACAAGGGGAAAAACUUCAGGACAAGGUCAAUGAAAUUAAUCAAUAUUUCGUCAAGCCAGAGAUGGUCGAGAAGCUGAAGGAGAAGUACCUGCUUGAAAAGGAGAAGAGACGACAAGAGGAGUCUAUCAACAACGCGACUGCCAGUGAGGAGGUUCUGUUGAGGGUGAGGCGUCAGGUUGUUGACGUGCGCAUCCCGACGCUGCUGGGGCAUGUACCAGGUGGGGACGACCAGGCGGUGGACGUGUGUUCGAGGGACGAGGUGUUGGUGGACGAGGAUGGGGAGUGCCACGACCUACUGUCCCAGGGUCCUUGUGAGGACGACCACAUCGUGCUGAUGAAUCCAGCCACCAGGAAGGGGUUUUGCGGUCGCCAGCUGUGUGCACCGGACCGUGUGUUCUUAUUCAGUGAUCAGUUGUGUCAUCAUCCACGUGAACUGGGUGUCUGUCCUCCUGGUCGGCAGCUCUUCACUACCAGCUACGGGUCACCGGUGUGUGGCUGUCCUGACGGUACUUAUGAGGAGGACGAUGACUUGGACGAUGAUGUCUGUGAACCUAUCCUCGGCCACAUCUCCGACUGUCCCCCAGGAGAAGUGUUUUGGUUCAGCGACUUCAGGCGUCCCCCGGAGUGCAAACCCGAUCCCUGUAAGGGCCUGAACCUGAAGCGAGGCCCUGACGACCUGCCCUUCGUGCCUGCCCUCGUCGACGGCAAGUGCUACAGGAUAGGCACGAGACCAGCCAUCUGCUCGUCUGACGAGUAUUACUCGCUAUCGCUUGAGCUCCUUCGCGGCGUGUGCUCCUCGCUGGAAGACGCCGGCUACCAGAUCCUUGACUCAGAGGAUAUGGACGCCGUAUCCAAGAAGUUCGGCGACCUAGCUCCCAAGAAGCACAAAGGCUCCGUCUCCAAGACUUCGAAGCCAUCCAAAGCAAAGACCCCGGCAGGCACGACGCUGCUGAGGCGCCCGGAGAUAGGGGCGGCUGUGGUGUGGGUCCAGGAGAGCGAUGAUGACCCACCGCCCCUGAGCGUGGGUCAGCCAGUGAUGUCUAGCGGCAAACACCAUCCAGCGGACAACGAAGUGGAGCGCGAGAACCUGGUCGCUCUCUUCCCAACGCACAUGAACGCCUUCUCACCUCCCAUGAUCACAGUGAACGGCUCUCUCACGUUCCUCGGCUUCACCGGAGGUCACCACCGGCAGCGGCGAGCGCCACUUCCCUUCGCCACUCCUGGUAAUGUCGUCGAACCGGGACUGUCGGCCUGUCGGGCAGGUGCCAAGAGAGAUGGCAACGCUAAAUGUCGGAAUACGAUCCUGCCCAGUAGAUACCCUCCUUCAAGACCUCGUCGGGACGUGCCUCCAGUGCCACCCUCUUCUUCCUGCCCUUCAGGAGUGUUCGACCUGAGUCGCCGGUGCACCUCGAACAGGGGCGGAGUGGCUUCGUCGAUCAACGCCCUGGGGCUGGGCUAGCGUCCUCCUAGACACGCAGCGCGAUAGGUCGUGUUAGGGUAGGCUGCACCCUAGCUGAAGGCCACUCCAACAGGUCAUACCAGGGUACAGGUUGCGCCCUAGCCGAAGACCACUCCACUGCUCUGGCAUGAGGAAUGGCCUGUUGUCCCUCAAAGAAACACAGUAGCGUUAUCGCUACUGUGUGGAGCUCCACAUGGAGGGAAAGCGUUGUCUCAGCGAGAGCUUCUUCUGCAAAUCACAGAAUGAGAGUAGGGAUCGAAGCCACAGCAGGUGAGCCCUAAAACUCGCAAGGCAGUGUGUUAACUACUGGCCAGCGAGAUUUAGACUCACCUGACAUGAGUUCGAUCCCCACUCGUUCUGCGAUUUUUUCUGCGGUCUCCCUGAAGAGGAAAACACGAUUUCUUGAGCGACAGUCGACCCAUCCAUCCCAAGAUGCUCGCUCGGGCUGGCUCUUCCUAUAUUCGUCUGGACCUGUGGAGACAUUCUGCAGGUGUAACCUUCCCUUGUCUCCCUCGAGGCUUCACUACCGAGAUGGAACAUUAAAAAUCGACCCUGGUCAAGCCUUCUCGUGUCCCUCGAGGCUUCAAUACUAAGAUAAAACAUAAGAGCCCACCCUAGUCAAGCCUAUCGCGCAUUUUAACUCUAGUAUACUGUAGUCAUAAUAGCAGUAGUGUGUGUGUGUGUGUGUGUGUGUGUGUGUGUGUGUGUGUGUGUGUGUGUGUGUGUGUGUGUGUAGUGUCGUAUAUCGUGUGCGUGUUGUGGUAUUUUGUUUCUGUAUCGUCAAGGAACACCCUUAAUGUGUCAAAAGCCACAGUAUGUGACAUGAUACACCAGGAAACUCACCUUUGCAAGGGAAAAGUAUUUGAAGAAUGUUGUUCAGAUAGGAAGUGAAAUUGCUGACCAGCUGAGGUUGAAGAGUUUGGCACCACUUAUGUACAGGGGAGUACAUGGAAGAGCAGAUUGUUAUUGUUGUUGUAUUCAAUAGAAAGCACUAGAUUCGGCUGGCAAAUGAGAGGAAAUCAAGUUUGAUCUAAAGAUGAGUUGGGUAUACCCAGUUCCUUGCAAGAGCUGGGAUCGGAUAAUAGAAAAUCAUACAGUUUGUAUCUGCUGAGGACUAUAUCACUAUCUAACUCUCGUACUUCUGCCUAGAUAGAUAAGGUGAAAGAAGUAUUGAAGGUAUUGCAUAUAACGUACAGACACACUAGUGUGGGUACCAACCUGUGACGACUUAGGAAGGGUCGUUUAGCCUCAUCAAAUAGCUGAGAUAGAGAUCAACACCGCUCACAUCAGUAGGUCGACAUAAGUGGAUUGAGCACUGCUUGAACCCAGUGAGUGUUUCGAACACCACGUCUCACUUCAUCACGGGGUUAAGAUAAGGGGACUGAACACUGACGCAAACAAGUGGUUGGAUUACUGCGCCUCACUUCAACAAGGGGUCUAAAUAAGGAGAUCGAAUAUCAUUGUUGAUCUUGAAUGUUCAGGGCGAUGCAGUUUUACUUAUUUAAGGUAGGCUGUGAAAGGCAUAGAUGCAUGCGUAAUGACUGAAUAAGUGGAUAAUCACGCAAUAGGUAUAAAUAAUUGAUGGAUAAUCACGAUAUUAAAAUAUGUAAUCGAUUAUUAGACAUGUAUUAGCUGUAUAGGCACAGAAUUGAUAGGUAAUAGACUAAUUUUCAAGAAAUAUAUAUAUAUAUAUAUAUAUAUAUAUAUAUAUAUAUAUAUAUAAAAUAACUGACAAACAUUAGAACUUAAAGCAUAUAAAAGAAUAAUAGAUAAGAAAUGUGUAAUGCCACAUAGACUCAAUAGAAUAGCAGAGACAAUAGAUGGCUGUAGGUGGAUAGACAAGAGUAGACGAGGAGAAACGUAAUGAACAUAAUGAAUGUUUCGAGACAGUGUUGGGCAUUAUCAGUGAGAUUAAUGAUUUUUCCAGGAACUGUCGGGAACUUUCAGUAAGUGCAAUGGACUUCCAGUGACGCUGCAUUCAGGAGCACCCUGAGGAAUAAAGUGGCCUAAGGUGCUUCCACGAUGCAUCAAGAAGUUUACAAAGCGUACCAAGUGGCUUCCGGAAGAAUGAGGUUCUUUGAAGAGCACUUACUACCAUGCAGAAGUACCAAGGAACGCGUUUAAGGAUAUUUGAGGUCGUUUAGCGAAUUUACAGCGUUGUCCAGCAGCGUAUUUGCUGCGUCCGCUGACUCAUGGCAGAAGCAAGUGACGUGUAUAGAAGUGAAUGGGUAUUUAGCAGUAUACAGGGACGUCCAAAGACCUUAAGAACUAUUUAGAACCGUCGAAAGACAUUUAGAUGCGCUGAAAGACAUUCCGAGUUAUCAGAGGACGUUGAGAAUUAUAUUUUGUGUCGUUUUACUGGGAUACUCACAUGAGAAGUGAUCCACAGACGCUUGUGCAAAGGUAUAAGCAUUCAACUAUGUUGAUGGGACGGCGUUUAGAAGCUUCAGGGGACAUCUAGAUGCGUUGGAAAACAUCGAGAGGCAUCUGAAAACAUAUGAGGUGUUGGAGAACAUUUGGGGGUGUUGGAAUACACUUAGAAGAGUUGGAAAACAUCUAGGGGCGUUAAAGUGCAUCUAGAAGCGUUGGAGUAUAUCUAGAAGCGUUGGAGUACAUCUAGAGGCAUUGGAGUACAUAUAGGGGCAUUGGAGAACGUUCAGAGACAUCGCAGAAGCAUUUAAUGCUUGCAGAGAUAUCUUGGGGCUAUUUAAAGGGUUCCUACAGAAUAAGGGGAAACAAAGGGCAUUUAUCUCUCAUCUUGUCAAUAGGUCCUAGGGGUGAGUGUGUGUGUGUGUGUGUGUGUGUGUGUGGAUAGUUAUGUAGGGGAGGACAGGAUAGUCUUGGUUGCCACUUAAUCGAGACAGUAAACAGUGUUUCACGACGCAGGUUAAAAAGCGUUCGUUGAACGUGUUUGUAGUGUCGUGAGUUCAAGACGCAGGUUAAAAAACGUUU